AUGAGUGAAUAUAGGUCAGAUCCUCCUCCUGAAAGCUCGAAUCAACCUCGUGGAGGAGUCCGUCAGUCCCUGCGGAAAAUGAAGGAUGGGUUGACCAAAAAACUUCCUAAACGCUUCAAGCGAACACGCAACCACACCACUGCGGCCCAGGAUGUCGAAAUUGAAGGGGCUUCAUCGAGUCAGAAAAUCGAGGACACGCUGCAUUUCCAUCCUUCCAACGAUAACAAGCAUUCCACCACAUCUAAGAUUCUUAGCGACUCCGAGAACCAAGGGCUGUCCGGAGAGCCUGCUUCGCAGGUUCAGGCUACUGCCUCUGGCAAGGAGGAAGGCCCUAAUCCCCAAUUAGUUGAUGCUGAACUUCAGGGUGCCCGUGAUGGUGCACAAAGCAUGGGAUUACUCGGGAGACAUGCGACUUCUAUGGCAUCCGCCGUCAGUAAUGCCCCAGCGGAUCUCGCUGCCGCGGAUGAUUUUGAGGCAACGUAUCUCGAACCCCUAAAGGUUAUCGACGCUGUCCUUGAGAAGAUCGCGGAUGUACAUCCGUACGCAAAGAUGGCGCUGGGUGUGCUGUCUGCUGCUUCCAAAAUUAUAAUUGCUCAAGCAGAGCGCGACAAAUCGAUCCAUAGUCUCCUCGAGAAAUUGGCUGAAGUUUACCGCUUUAUGACUCAAGAGGACAGCCUUGGCAAAAUUGAAUCGAUGCGCGGUAUCGUUGGAAAGGUCGCUCAGCAGACUAUCGAGUGUGCCCGUUUUAUCAGGGAAUACUCGGAGACGGAGAGCUUCUGGAAGAGAUACAACAACGCCUUGGACGGGCUUAUGCAACAAUUUCGGGAUCAAACUGAUCGGGACGUAGCUAUCUUUGUCCACUCUGCGGGUGAAAAACUCGAUCUCAGCGGUAUGGUUUACGCAGGGGGCGCGGGCCUAGAUACUGCAAAGCAAUGUCUGUCAGGCACUCGCACGGACAUUCUCUCUCAAAUCAUCGAGUGGAUCAACAGCAGUGGAGAUUCUGUCCCGCGUGUAAUGUGGCUAUCCGGCCCUGCGGGCAAGGGCAAAUCAGCCAUCGCCCACACGAUUGCUAACUGGUUCAACGAAACGGGAGGACUUGGUUCAUGUUUUUGUUUCGAUCGGCGCAGAGAAGCAGACCGUCGCCAUGAAAAGAUUUUUUCCACCAUCGCGCGCGAUCUUGCUGAUCGUGAUCCGGGGAUGAAACGAGCCUUAGCGGAUGCACAAGGAUGCAAACUCGCUCAAGAAUACGACGGACAUUACCCAGCAGUGGCGCAAGCUUCUCAUGGAACCGUUGAGGAAAUUCUCUAG